AUGGCCCAUAAGCGUUUAGUAACUAUAGUUGGAGCUACGGGUGCUCAAGGUGGUGCUGUUGUACGAUCAUUACUUGCAACAAACAAAUACAAGAUACGCGGCUUAACACGUGAUGCAACAAGUGAAAAAGCCCAAGCAGUAAAGCGGCUAAGCGAUAAUAUUGAAAUGGUCUCGUGCGAUAUCGGCAAGCCGGAAGAUGUUCAAAGAGCAUUCAAAGAUUCAUGGGCUGUUUUCGCUGUUACAGACUUUUGGGCGCAACCCCAUCAACCUGAAGUUGAAAUUCAACAAGGUCAAGCAAUGUCAAAUGCUGCUGCUAAGCUGCAAGUUCCGUACUUCAUAUUCAGUACCCUUGAAGACACUAUGAAACUGAGCAGUGGAAAAUAUGAUGUGCCACAUUUCGCACAGAAGGCUAAAAUACGUGAUUAUAUCAAGGAAAACCAUCCGACGUUGAAAACAAUUUAUGUUGAGCCCGGAUUCUACAUGCAGAAUUGGUUAAGUAGUCUCAAGCCAAAAAAAUCGGCUGAUGGUACAAUGAUUUUUGCGCUGCCUGUCGAUGAAAAGACUACAUUGCACAUGGUCGAUAUUGAAGAUACUGGCCCAAUUAUUACUGCAAUUCUAAAUGAUCCAGAAAAAUAUGUAGGUCAAGAUAUUUGCAUGUGUGGCGACGCUAUUCAAUUUAGCGAUGUUCCUAAGAUUUUUACCAAAGUUACUGGCGUCCCAGCUUCAGCUAAAACAUUAACAGAAGCAGAAUACCGAUUGGGAAUGCAGUCCGCACCAAAAUUUAUACAAGAUGAAUUCUUUGCUAUGUUCCAAUGGUUUCAAGAAUAUGGCUACUAUGGUAAAGACAAAGACUGGACGACUGGGAAAAAAUUAACAACAUUAAAUACAUUUGAACAAUGGUUGAAAAAGAACGGCUGGAAAGGUCAAUAG